CCCAUUGAUGGUUGUAUAAAACCGAUGGGGGAAAUUUGCUUUGUGUUAAGUUAAUCGUAGAAGUUGGUCGGGGAAUAACGUGGCGUGGCUCAAACAAAGAUUUAAUUGCAGAUUAAUAUACGAAAUUAAACAUGAAAUCAAAAUUAUUUAUACUGUGUAGUUUCGCUUAUUUAUGCACAAUUGUGAAUGCACGCCCACAGCAGUGGCAGGGUCCGACUUUUUCAAACCCAUUUUUUCCGAAUUUUCCUGAUACCUCUUCUACCACCACAACCGCACCACCUGCCUCUUCGACGACGGUCCCUUCACCAAGGUACUUAGCUUGUUUGCGCGCCUGUCCUUCCACCAUGGAAUACAAUCCAGUUUGUGGCAGCGACAGCCAGAAUUAUCACAAUCAAGCUCGUCUGGAUUGUGCGGCACGAUGCGGCCAAGAUGUUGUUUUUGUACGGAUAGGCACAUGUAACGCUUUGUAAAGCCAUAGUUUUUAAUAUGAAAUAGAAUUUUUUUAAAUUUUGUAACUAAUAAGUAAAACAAAAUAUUAAUUCAUUGACUGAAACACUCCAUUUAUGUAUUUGGGGUUUCGCUACCGUUGAGUUGUGUCUUCCAAUUAAAUAAAAACAAUUUUUUUUCGAUUUA